CAACAAAUUUCACCACACAGUAAAUUUUUACAAAAAUUAAGGCGAUGUUUAACAGCCAAUCAUACAAAUCUCCCUCAUGCUAUCGUGGAGUCUUUGGCAACAACCGAAGAGAAUUCUAUGGUUACGGAAGAGGAUAUUGAGGACCAUAUAAUGGAACAAAUCAAUAUAUUCAGUCUAUUCAACCUCAAAUUCAUAACUCUUAGGCUAGUUUAG